AUGCUGUUGACUUUUUUCUCAAUUCUGGCCUUAUCUUAUUCCUUAUCUCUGAUAAAUGAAUUAGGGAGCCUCUAUUUAACAAGUGGAGAGUCUCAGAGACUCUCGCUGUCUGACUAUUUCUCAGGCAAUAACUUAUCAUUCUCCAUUACAAAUUCCAACACAACUCAAAAUUCAACAAAAAUUAAUUUUAGACAAGAAUUGAAGCUUCAUUCAUUUACUCCUUACCAAAAUCCAGCUUGGAAUAAAACUUGACAUUUAUCUAAUCAGCAGAAUGUUUUUAUAAAAGAAGAAUAUGAAAGAGAAGUGCUUUUUUCUUAUAAUGAAAACUAUUUAAUUUUUUAUCAGCUCAUUAAAGAAGCUAGUGAGGUAAGUCUCUUAUAUGCUGUCAAUAUUGAAUCUCCUUACAAUAAUUCCCGAAUAAUGGGUAUUAGAUAUAGAGAAAGAUACCAUCCUACUUUGAUAAUAUGGGUAGUCGGGGAAGAAAGUAAUCACAGUGCUUUUACCCUGACUCCCCCCUUUAAAUUGGAACAAAAAAUUUUGUUCCAAUUUAAUUAUGCUGUUUUACCCUCACCAUAAGCAGCAAUAGCUGCUUAUGGGAGGAAAUUGCCUUGGAGAAUGGCCUUUUGGUUUGCCAAAAUUGCUUUUGGUAUACCAAAAUGGCUUUUGGCAAACCAAAAGGCCAUCCUCCAAAGCGAUUUCCUCCCAUAAGCAGCAGCUGUUGCUGUUUAUGGUGAGGGUAAAAUUGUAUUGUAAUUGCCCGAGGAUGGCGCUAUCUUGCGCCGUCCUCGGGCAAUUAGUAUAUAUAAAAAAAAAAAACAAUAUAAAAUUUUCCAUAAGAAAAAAAAUUUAUAUAAAAUUUAAAAAAAAAAUUUUUAAUUUAUCGAAUUAGAUUUAUAAUUUGUUUAAUAAAAUACAUUUUACUUUUUAUCCUUUAAAGCAAAGCAAGAUAUAACUAAAUUUUUAUUUAUACGCUACUAUUAAUUGGCAUCAAAACUAUUUCACACAAAAAAUUAUUAUUUUUAUUGAUAAAAAAAAUGUUUAGAAAAUUUAUCGAUCAAAGUGCUAAUUUUAUUUAAAUAAGAUAUUAUUUAUAUUUUAUUCUUAAAAAUAAAGCAAGAAGUAAGUAAAUUAUCAAUAUUUGUAAAGAAUUCGCAUUGAAUAUAUACCAAAAUUAUUUAAAUAAAAAAUAUUAUUUUUAUAAAACAAAAAUGAAAAUUUUUUAAAAUAAUUUUCUUAAAAAAGAAUUAAAUUUCUUAAAAAUUAUUUAAAUAAGAUGCUCUUUAUACUCUUUUCUUUAAAAAAGAGUAAGAUUAAACUAAUUAUUUAAUUUUAGCUAAGAAGAAACAUUUAACUUAUAUCAAAACUUUUUACAUAAAAAUUAUGAUUUUUAUCUAUAAAAUUUUCUACUAUAAAAUUGAAUUUUGUUCAAUUUAAAAGGGGUUAAUUACCAAAAAAAUGGAAAAUUUUACCUACAUUUUGUUCCAAUUAAGGGGGGGGAGUGAGAAAUGAUAUUUACAUCUUAAAUAUUACUGAUUUACAUUAUUUAACAAGUCCAGUUUGAUCUAACUUUAGUGAGAUCACUUAUGCUUCAAAAAUAAUUUUAGGAGAUGGAGAAGUAAGAGACUUUUUCUCUAUUUUUUGCAAAUUCGAAGAGGGUCCAAGUACUUUAGCCAUCUAUGAUAUAAAAAAUAUAUAUGAACCAGUGUUAUAUCAAAAAAUAAGUCAAUAUGAUAAAAUUCAAAUUCCAAGUAACCAGAUUGCAAUUCUCACUCCCCCCCCUCCGUGAGUUUAAUUUUUUUUUUUAAAAAAAUUUAUAUAUAAAUUUUAUAAAAAAUUUUUUUUUUUUCGAAUUUUAAAAAAAUCCUAAUUCACAAAAAUUGGAAAGCAAAUAUUAAUUUAAUUUAUAAAAUUUAUGUUUUAAAAAGCAACUCCUUUAAAAUUAAACAGAAUUAGCUCUAGAUUUCGUUAUAAUAAUUAUCACUUAUAUAUCAAAUUUUUUUUCCAUAAAAAAUUUUUCUAUUAAAAGAAUUUUUGUUCACUUACGGAGGGUGGGGGUUUUUGGGCAAAAAAUAGGAAUUUUUCUAAUGGUUUUGUUCACUCAAGGAGGGGGGGGAGUCAGUAUUUUCAUGGCUGAAUACGCCUUUAGCGUUUUGGACCAAAGCUAUGGAUUGAUAAGUUAUAGACAUGAUUGACUGUCCAUGUCUUUUCUUGAAACAGAAAACUUUGAUUUAAGGCCUUUUGGAUCUCUUUAUUCAAUGCAACCUUUGCAUGAUCUGACAUUAAGUGUAGCAACCAAAUCAGGUGCAGUUAUCUUAAAAUUUACAGCAGCAGCUGCUGCCGUUACAAUUCUUGGAGUAAUAAACCCAGGUAAAUCAAUUGACACAGAGAGCGUAUAUAUUCAAUCAACCCAUCUUUACUAUUAUAUCCAAGCAAACAAUGGGAUUUUAUCGAUAGUCCUAAAAGAAAAGAGCAAUUUCGAUAUUCUGUGCAGCUUUGAUUUAGAAAGAAUGAUAGGAAACAAUUAUGAAAAUAAUGGAAUAUUUGAGGUUUAUACCAAUAUUAUUAAUGGCCACAACUACUACGCAAGAUUUGAUAGGGAUGGCAUUAGAGCAUACCUCGUAGAUAUCGAAGAAUGAACCUUAGAAGUAUGAGGAAACACUAAUUAUUUUAUUGAAAUCACAGCAGAAGAUCAAGAAGGUCAUAAGGUUUCUAGUGUGCUAAAUAUUAUUUCAAUUCCUUCAGAUUCAAAAGAAAUUUUGCCUUUAGACCAUUAUAGAGAAGCGAAGAUUUUUCCAAAGUCCUCCUCAUUUAUAGGGAACUCAGCUCCCCUUAAUUUCAUCGUAAAUUCGUUUUUUUCAGGCCCAAAUCUCAGCUUUAAAAUUGAAGCCUCUCAUUCUGAAUUGUUUUCUCUUGAUUUUGUUGCUCCAAGCAAACUAAUCCUAUCCCAAAACAUUUCUAUAUCCGACGAUGUUACCAAGGUUUUCAUUUAUGGAGCCUACCUAGUGGAAUUUUAUCCUGAUAAAGUUGCCAUUGAUAAGGGCGAUUAUAUCAACGGAAGAUCCUAUAAUGUAUCGAAUCCUAUAGCAUUUCUCCAUACAAGUCAAAGUUUUAGUCUGAUUUACUCAAAGCCUUCGGAAAAUUUUUAUUUAAUUUCGUAUUUUAAUCAUGACUACUACGCACCUCAAAGCCUUCUUCAGGCCAUUGAGUCACAGAUUGAGUGCAAGUUUUUCGAUUUAGCUGAUAGUUUCUUAUUUUGCGCAGAUAAUACUCAGAUAGAUAUUUAUUUAUAUGAAGAUGACUUAUGAAAUUUAACAUUUUCUUUAACAGGAAGAAGCUUCAAUGAAGGAUUUUCUUGGAAUUUGAUCGAUGUUGAAUUUUCUCUGGAUCUUCUUCACGAUUAUUUAUAUUUAUUAGAUGAAGAAAAAGGAAUUUUAAUGAUCAGUAUUAGAAUGCUAUUUAUGUCUCGGUAUAGCUCUAUGUUUUAUUAUGAAAAAUCAAUAAAAGAAAAUAAAGGAUUAAUUCAGAUUGUGCCGCUUACAAAAUAUGUAAGCUUUAUUAAUAAAAACGGGUGAAUUGACAUCUACGAUUACCCUUUGACAUAUCUAAGAAGGAUUUUCUUAGACAUCCCAUCUGGCCCGAUUUCUAAUAUUGUUGCAGACUCAAGUUUGAUUUACAUUCAGUUGGAAAAUUCGAUUUAUAUUUACGAUAUCGAUCAACCUUCUCACAAUGCAUUAUUUUACAUAUUCAAAUCUUCAUUAUUAAACACAAUCUCAUAUGGGGCCUACCUAAACUGCUUAUCUUGCCUUGGCAGCUUUUUUUCUUCUGCAAAUGGGAAAUAUUUAGAAAUUUAUUCAGUUCCAUGCUCAGCUCACACCAAUGAUCUAACUCCCCCCCUCCGUGAGUGAACAAAACCAUUAGAAAAAUUCCUAUUUUUUGCCCAAAAAAUCACCCUCUGUGAGUGAACAAAAAAAUUUUUAAUAGAAAAGUUUUUUAUGGAUAAAAUUUUUGAUAUAUAAGUGAUAAUUAUUAUAAUGAAAUCUAGAGCUAGUUCUGUUUAAUUUUAAACAAAUUGCCUUUUAAAACACAAAUUUUUAUAAAUUAAAUUAAUAUCUGCUUUCCAAUUUUUGCGAAUUAGGAUUAUUUUAAAUUUCGAAAAAAAAAAAUAUCUUCUAUAAAAAUUUUAAAAUCGGAUUCGCUCCGAGUGAGCGCUUAAAAUAAGUAAUAAUUUAUCUAUCUAUCUAUAAAAUUUAUAUAUAAAUUUUUUAAAAAAAAAAAAAUAACCCCCUCCGUGAGUGAACAAAAUUUUUUUGUUCACUCACGGAGGGGGAGUAAAUAAUUGUAAAUAUGAACUAGUAACCACAUUUCUUACCAAAAAAAAAAAGCUAUCAGAAAAUGUUUACCCUGUAAAUAUAGCAGUGACAGCGUAUAAUGAAAAUUCAUCAUUGACACAACAUUUCCCAAUAAAUCUCAUUACAAGUGGAUUGUUUAUUAGGUUCAAGCCCAAUCAGUGGAAAGUUAAGGAUACGAUUCCUUAUGAUGAAAGAUAUGAGAUAAAUCUAGAUGAUGUAUUUGUGGGGCAGAACAUGACAAUGGAGCUAAACAUCAACGGAAAAAUAAUUGAUAAAGCAGAAAUGAAGACUCCUGCACUUCUUCAAAAAAGGAGUGAACAGGUUGGGCUCUAUCAAUCAAAAACUCACUUGUAUAGCCAUAUUCCUAUUACAAAUAAUUUAGUUAUUAUUACAUCAGAGUCUGGGUUUUUAGUCGCUAACUCUACUGAGUUUUUUGAUGCUCCAUUAUAUUUAAAUAUCUCAGAAAUCACAGGACUCAGCAGUUUGAUUUGCAAACUGAUUGAUUGAUUCCCAUACUCAAAAAAUAAUCAGACUUUAUUUGUAACUUCAUGUAGUUACCAAAUGUAUCAAACAUCAUCAGCUAUAAACCGGCCUUUUGACAAUCCUUUAGAGAUAUAGAGGUUUCCUCUAUAUAGCGCUAAAAGCGCAGACAUUUUCCCAGGAGCUUUCCAAGUUCGUCGGACCAAAUCGCUUUUUGGUCCGACCAAGGCAUUGAUUUGGUGCAACCUACCGAUAAAUUCCGAUCAGAAUUUAUCGGCCUUACAGCGCCAAACAUAGGAAACUUCUAUAACAGCUUUGAGUCUAAUUUUAUGACAAUUUGAUUAUUUAAGCUUAUCAAUCACUCAAUUUAAGAUUAUCAAUACUAUGAUUAUGCCAGAUUUUCUGAGAUUAGCUCCAUUAGAUGAAAAUAGCUUUGAAAUAAUGGCACUGACUUCCCCUCUGUGAGCUAGCAAAACCAUUAGAAAAAUCCCUAUUUUUUGACCAAAAACCAGAACAAAAAAUUUUAAUAGAAAAAUUUUUCUGAAAAUGAAAUUUGAUAUAUAAGUGAUAAGUAUAACUAAAUAUCUAAAUAAUUCUGAUUAAUUUUUAAACAGCUUUACAUUUUAAUACACAAAUUUUGCAAAUCAAAUUAAUAUUUACCACUAUAGAAUUUUUUUAAAUUUAAAAAAAAAAUUAAGGUGAGUGAAUAAAAUUUUUUUGUUCGCUUACACAGGUGGGGAGUGAGCAAAAUGAAAUUUAGCGAAAAUACUAAUAAUGAGAUAUUUAGAUUUAGAGGAAGCUGACUAGAAAAUCAUAUUGAAAUUAAGCAGGUUGAAAUAAUAAAUUUUUUCACCCUAAAUUUGCUCAAUUUUUAUACAAAACUUCUGGAUUUCAAAGUUAAGAACUCAGAAGAUGUAUAUUGAUACGCUUUCGAUGAGUACUAUGGAAUCAGAAUCAUCGAAACCAGCAGACACAAUUCCAGCAUGGUAGUAGGCGGGCUCCCUAAUAGCAUAGACUCCAGCUUUAUAUCCCUAGGGAUUUGCCAAGAUUUUCUUUUAGUUUCAAGUUAUGGAAAAGGAAUCGAGUCCUACCGAAUAAAAAACGAUGCAGACUUAGAGCAAGAUGCUACCUAUUAUUUCUUUUUAGAGCAAAGCAGCUACUCAGCCCCAAUACAAGGCAUUAUUGCAUGCUCAGAGGAUUUUCGAUUUAUCGCUGCUCCUAUUUAUCGUGCCUUUGGAGAAGCCUCGCUUGCGAUUUGGGAUAGAAAAGCAAGCAAUGCAUCAAAUAGCAUUUCAAUUACUCACUUUAGUCAAUGCACUAACAGCUAUCCUGGGGGAGAUGUGAAGUUUAUUGAUAAAAAUACUUUAUCGACUCUUGGAUGCAAUGAAAAAUUGUAUACAAGCUACAGAUUUAAUGAAAAUAAGCUGAUUUUCCCUGAUUUUAGUGAAGAUGAGUACUUUGAUAUGACUGAAGAGUGGGGGACCAAGGAUUUCAGGCUGUGCGUAGUAGCAAAAAAUGGCAAUGAUGAAGAAAUUUCGUCUAUUGUUUACUUUAGGAGAGAAGGGCCAGAAAGUAAUGAGAGUCCUUUGUGGGUUUGGGUUGUAUUGUCUGUCGGAAUUGCAAGUGUUUUUGUAGGAGGAAUUUAUGGGAUAAUAAAAGUGUUGAAAGCGAAAAAGAACAAAAAUAUGAAGUCGUUUUUAAUGCAAGAGCUUCGUCGUGGUGAUGAAGUAGAAAAUUAA